GGGUCAGAGGCGGCGCGACUGUCAAUUGUAUUGCCUAUUCUCGUGAAAAGUCUCCUGUUGUUGCUCGGAGUAUAACCAAGAUCAUUCUCGUGGAUGAGUUUCAGUUUGAGUGAUGUGCAAUUUGCGCGCGCAGAGCCGCCUGAUCGCUGGAAUCCACGCUUACGACCGAGAAACUUCUCUUCUUUCUGCACUUUGUUGACAUCGAUAUGUUUUGGUCCUAGGUUCGAUUAUUUUCUGACUCGUUUUGGGAUUGGCUUGUGGACAAACCGGUGCACUGACAGACUAUUCAGCCAAGCAACAUAGCUGGCUUAUUAGGAUUUAGUUUUUACACGCAUCGUGCCUUGAAGCAGUCGAAAAAGGGAACUUGACUUGUUGCGCGUACAGAGAGCGCACGAGUUUCCAUUCAAGUUGGUACUGUACCUGCCUGUGUCCAGAAUUCUGCUCUGAUUUGGACAUUUCCGUCACAGCGGAGAUGAUUUGUGCGGGUCAGCCGUAGCCCAAAAACCUCCGACAGCUUGGUGCUCAGUGACUGUGAGAUCCUGCUCACAAUUACCGAAAUUGGGUCGUUUUGUUUCCUCCAGACAGAAAACGAUGAUGUAGGAGAAACCUAUUUGUGGCAUCCAUGCACAGGCAAGAAAAACUUUCUGUGCUUCGACGAGUUAAUUCAUUUUCCCGUGUGUAAACAGCGAAGCCCUGUAGCCUACUUCGAGUCAACAUGUCUGAGCGUGAUGGAUUUGGAGACGGGCUGUGCAGCGAUGGAGCGCCAGACUGUAUCCCUCCCAGAGCGUCCCGCGGCCGGAGGAGCGGGGUGAUCGUGCCCGGUGGCGGCCAGGACACAGACACCAUUCUUCUGGAGUCUGUGAAAGCAGCACCACGCAGGAGCAGCAUUAUAAAGGAUCCCUCGGUGCAGAAGGUUGGUGGAGGUAGAAAGAAGACAGUCUCGUUUAGCAGCAUGCCCUCUGAGAAGAAGGUGAGCAGUGCAGCGGACUGCUUGGCCUUCAUGCAGGGCGGCUGUGAGCUGAAGAAGAUCCGUCCCAACUCCAGGGUCUACUGCCGAUUCUACACCCUGGAGCCGGACCUCACUUGUCUGCGCUGGGAGCCCUCCAAAAAGGAUGGGGAGCGGGCCAGGCUAGAUGUGUCCAGCAUCAGAGAGGUCCGAACAGGCAAGAGCACGGAGACCUUCCUCCACAAUGGCCCCCUGUCCGAGCACCUGGCUGAGGAGGCGGCUUUUUCCAUCAUACAUGGGGACGACUACCAGUCACUGGACCUGGUUGCGCUGUCAGCAGAUGUGGCUAACAUCUGGGUAACAGGCCUUCGCUACCUAUUGGCACACCCUUCAGUCAUUGGAGCGGCUGGAGGAAUCAGCGGGGGAGGUGGAGUCCUGCCUGAGGGAAGCGUCUCGGUAGAGGGAAGUCUGGGCAGUAAGAUGCGGAGCGAAUGGCUGGCGACGGAGUUUGCAACAGUUGACGAAGAUGGGUACGGCAUUGUGUCUGAGGAUGUGGCUGUGUCGACCAUCUGUAAACUGUGCCCUGGGAUCAAAGAGGCAAAGGUGCGUCUGCGCUUUAAAGAAAUCCAGCGCAGUAAGGAGAAGCUGACGUCUCAUGUGACACGUGAGGAGUUUCAGGAAGCCUACUGUGAGCUGUGCACACGCCCUGAUGUCUACUUUCUGUUGGUCCAACUGUCCAAGGACCGUGAGUGUUUGGACCCUCAGGACCUGAGGCUGUUCCUGGAGACGGAACAGGGCUUGUCCCUGGCCACCACUGAGGGCUGCUGGGAGUUGCUGAGGCGAUAUGAGCCCUCAGCACAGGGCCGGGAGAGGGGGCUGAUGGGAAUUGAUGGGUUCGCCAGGUAUCUGCAGUCUCCAGAGUGUCAACUACAGGACCCUGAACACCAAGGAGUCUGCCAGGACAUGAGCAUGCCUCUGUCACACUAUUACAUCAGCACAUCGUACCGCUCUUACCUGCUGGAUGACCAGGUUCAUGGCAGGGCUGACCUCGGUGGACUUAUAAAGGCUUUGCAGGCUGGUUGUCGCUGCCUGGAGCUCGGGAUCACUGACGGGCCAGAAGGGGAGCCACUUCUGGGGGUGGACCUUGGGCCAGACAUCCCUCGUCAUCAUCACCAUCAUCAUCAUCACCACUCCCCAGUCACUAUCCGCUCUGCUCUGGAGGUGGUCAACAAAUAUGCCUUUCUGACGUCCCAGUACCCACUGCUUAUAUAUCUGUGCCAUCGUUGUACGCCGUCUCAGCAGCGGGUCAUGGCGCAGCACCUUAAAAAAGUGUUCGGGACUCGCCUGUACACCCCCGAGGCUCUCCCUGUCACUCUGGGGGGCCGGCCCACCACUCUGCCCUCUCCUGAGCAAUUAAAGGGGCGUGUGCUUAUAGUAGGAAAGAAGCUGCCCUCAGAGCUAGAGGACUCCGAUGGAGAUGUGUCUGAGGAGGAUGAGGAAAUAGGAGGAGGUGGACCCUUAGCCGGCCGCAGAAUGACCAUCCCUGGUGAGGAGGAGCUGGGCGUGGUGCUGGUCGUGCCCCCUCCUUCUCAGCCCCGGAAACUUCGGCUCCACAAAGAGCUGUCAGACCUGGUGAGUAUCGUUCGGACAGGCAGUCGCAGCUUCUACGCUCAGAGAGCCACUUUUAAACUUGCACAGCAGCAGUCGCCUCCCAGCAGCCCCUGCUCCCCAGGCACACCACUGCCCCCUGAGCCCCCAUACUGGACUCUGUGCUCUCUGGGUGAAGGAGAGGCCGGGCGUCUGAGCAGUGAGAGCCCGGAGGACCUGGUCAUGUUCACCAAACGCACCCUGACGAGAGUGCGCCCCAGCUCAGUGCGGCUGGACUCUAGUAACCCCAACCCUCAGGGCUACUGGAAGGGCGGGGUGCAGCUUGUGGCCUUGAACCAGCAGACUCCUGGAGCCAUGCUGGACCUUCACCGAGGACGCUUCUCUCAGAACGGGGGCUGUGGCUUUGUUCUGAGACCUGCUGUCAUGAGAGAUGAAGUGUCAUACUUCAGUGCCCACACACAAGGCUGUGUCCCUGGAGUGCCUCCACAGACGCUCCGCAUUAAGGUGAUUAGUGCCCAUAACCUGCCCAAGCCCCAGGGGUCGGGUGCUAAGGGUGAGGUCAUUGACCCAUAUGUGGUCCUGGAGCUACAUGGGGUCCCUGCAGACUGUGCUGAACAAAGGACACGCACGGCCGCUCAAAACCAGGACGACCCACUGUUUGACGAGACCUUUGAGUUCCAGGUGAACAUGCCAGAGCUUGCCUUGCUGCGCUUCGUAGUAUUGGACGAUGACUACAUUGGUGAUGAUUUUAUUGGGCAGUACACAGUGGCGUUCGAGUGCCUUCAGCCUGGGUACCGCAACGUGCCCCUGCUGGGUUUGGCGGGUGAACCCUUACCACACUCCAGUCUGUUUGUGCAUGUGGCCGUGACCAACAGGAGGGGCGGGGGCAAGGCUCAGCGGAGGGGCUUGUCUGUGAGACGGGUGGCACGCAGAGGGAGAGAGUACGUCACCCUUAGGCACACGGGAAUCAAGGUGUUAGACGAGGCCUUCAAACCAGCCGGCGGUCUGCUGAAAGAGGCAGCGGAUCUACGGGAGGAGGCUCAGAGCACCACGGCCAGUUUCAAAGAGCAGUGUGGGCUCCCCACAGUGGCCAAACUGAAGCAGUGCAUCCAGAGCCUGGCCACGCGGCUGCAGACCUCUGAGGGCACCAUGGGGGCAUGCAUGGUGCUGAAGGAGGGGUACCCCUGUCUGGAGGCCCAGAUCAACCUCCCCGAGCCCACCAAGAAGCUACUCACUGCCUAUGACACGAUGAUCGCGGCCCAGAAGCAGCUGAUUGAAAGCGCAGACAGUCUCCAGGACAGGGUCGCUCAGGUGCAGAAAGAAGGAAUGGACUUUCACGAGGAUCUUUCUCGUCUUGGGGAGAAAGAGGGACUAAAGGGGCGUAAACUGAAUAAGGCUGUGGAGAGCUUCACUUGGAACAUCACAGUGCUCAAGGGCCAGUGUGAUCUGCUGCGUGGGGCAAAGAUGGACUCUCUCGACGCCCUGAGGCAGCUGGCUCUGGCCUGUGAAGCCUGUGGACUGACCUCCUCCUCUUCAUCAUCAAACUCCUCCUCCUUCUCCACCGCAGAGCUCCACUACUCCUCCCACCCACAGUCCGGGCGCAGGGGCAGUUCCUACGGCAAUGGGCGCAUCUGACGCACCUCCCUCGCCAAAACACAGUACUCAUUAUUGAAGACAAAAAGAUAAAGAUUUGGCGGCAAGAAGAUCCCUUAAUCUGUAAUAAAAGUCUAGACUGAACCAGCCCAGAAAGCCUUAAGGUGUGGGGAAGAGGUAUGGAGUUGCUACGAAACAGAAUGUAAUUAAGAAAAAUGUCAGAUUUUAAGAACACUCAGAUGUAUUUUGACAGUCCCAAAGAAACAUGUGUCUUGACAUUUUAAAGCAAUGGGUGGAUUCCUGUGUCAGAGAUAGCUGAGUCAUUUUUUAAAUUGUAUGGGCGGUUUACCCAGGGGACCUCGCCAUCCCAUGCUUCACUGUGGGGAAAAAAACUGCAAAUGUCAAAAAGCAAAGGAAAGUUCAUCCAAAGUUUGAUCCAAGUCUAAUAACAUUAAAUAUCAUAUCAAAACUUUUCUUUUUGAAUGAAAGCAGAUGGAAUAGCCAGAGAAGAACGUCAUCAUGUGUUGACAGUUGUACAUUGGAUCUUGACAGUUUUGUUCAUUGAGCCAUUGCACAGUUGACAAACUGCUGACAAAACCUCUGAUUAGGCAGAUGUUGGUGAUGGCGAUACACACAAAUCUUAUCAAAGCUCUAUUUAUGAAAAGACUUGGGAGUAUUUCAUAAAAUUUUGGUAGUUUUUGUUGGCCAGGAAGUCAGUGUAAAACCUGCUGGAAAUUAUUAUAGUAUAGUCAGAUCUCGAGGUAUAAGGAUUGUCCAAUAACUGGAAUUUCGCAGUUUGAUUCCCACUCUUUUUGAGUUUGUUUUGAGUCCUUCAGCAAAACACCUCACCCACUAUGACUUGAUCUGUUACUGUGGUUGUGAGUUUGACUGUGGACGAAGAUGCUUCAAGUGCAAAAUUGCAGCAAUAGUCAGGAGAAGCUUUCUGCAAUGUGACUGAAAAGUGAAUGUAUAAUUGUACAGCAUUAUUAUUAUUAAAAAUAAUAUCUCUAAAUUAUCUUAAAACACACCACCAGAAAUAACCCUUUGCUCUAUUACUGGAUAAUUUCUGAAUCACAUCUCUUCACUUGUUGGGCACAGUACUAUACAGUUUCCAUUGUUUAGAGUCAGAGUUAAACCAAUGGAUGGACAGGCACCUACCCAUGGGUCUUAUGGGUGACUUUGUUAACCUGAGGACAAGUCAGGGAUAGCCGAAACUUGAGUACUGUAAACGAGAGAGUAACUCGAGAAGUACUAACAGAUACUGCGGUACUACACUAUUUGUUGUAGUACACAGUGAGUAUCAAAUUAACCUGCUAACUAUACCUUUACAAGUGGGCUAAAGGAUGCUAGCAGCCCUUACACUGGGAUUGUUUGUGUCCACCGAUGAAACUUUGAUGAAGUACACUGUAUUGAUGUAGCAAUAAUAGUGUUAAGAAAGUUAAUGAGGCAACACGUUACAGUAAUGAAUAAUUUUAUAUUUUUUUUUGUGUGAAAAUGUCUGAAAAUGAUGUCCAGAUGGUGCUACUGACCACAGCUUGUUGUUGAGCUUUACUAGUCAGUACCCAUUGCUCUAUUUCUUCUUCUUCUAGGCCUUUUGAGUGUUGAUGUGUGUUUUGUUAAAUGGCUACAAGGAAUACACAUGCUUUUGUACCAUUGCAAUGCUGCUUUACUCAAACCAAACCGGGCAAAACUAAGCUAUCGUGAUGAAAAAUACCUCCUUAAAUAUAAUGUUUUUGAACAAGGUGUUUUACUAAUGAGUUUGUGACAUAAGCUCAAAGGUUUUAACUACAAUCCCUAUUCUAAAUUAGUAUAGGCACUCUAAAAUGUGUAUUAAAACAAAACACACACAAGUGCAAUUGCUGAAUAAUAAUAUUAAAGGUGUACAAUGUAAUUUUUUGGGUGGAGUCUCCACCUUGUUCCCACAGUAUGGUAUGGUAGUAUGGCAUUAUACUACUCACAGCAUGUUUUUCAAUUUGUUUUUUAGCAAUAAAAACACAAAUUGAAACAAUGCAGCAACAACAAUGUUUAAUGCCAUAUUGUGGAACAUUCUAGGCAAAGCAAUAACUUUCUACUAAUCCCAUCAAACUUUAAAUUGGCUAUUAUUUCUAAGGAAAGUACUUAUACUUAUACUUAUAUGAACACAUUGAUAUUGAUAUGCGAGUUUGCAUUUUUGUGUGUUUUAAAAGUGUCACUUUUCAUUCAGGAUUUGAUUUGUACAAAAUGAUUCUUUUUAGUUUGCAGUCAGUGCAAGGAACGAAACCGCUGAUUUUAGAAGAACAAAGACAGGAUGAAUGUUUCUGAGCCCUUUAAGAAUAUGUGAGGGUGGAACAUCCUAGAAAAACAACUGCAGGUAAUUUAUCAUCCACUUAAAGCUUACCACUCCUAAUAAGAAGUCAGCUCCUGUUUGGUACUUUCAUUUUUAAACUUGAGAUAGACUUGACCCUAUUCCAUAUUUCACACUGAUCUACAUUCCUUUAACCUACAUAUUCACUUCUUUUUUGGAGGUUUUUAUAGAUGCUCAGAGCUGACCUAAUAUUAUGCAAGUUUUACUAGCAUUUUGUCUAAGAAAACCCCUUUGAAAUUGUGCGAUAGCUGUAGUUGGUUCCGGUUGCUGAUUGGCUGGGUACACCUGCGGGCCUUUAUAAUUGGCGGUGAGCAAUAGACUGGCAACACCUGCUGCUUUAGUCUAUUAAUAACACAGGGACUCGAUGCUGUUGUCUGUCAUGAUACCACGCUGCCCUAUUUCCUGCUCCACUGAUCCAAACCAGUCCCUCCUCCUAUCUAUCUCUUACAUAUUGCCAAACAUUUAAAUUCACCCUUUUAAAUGCAGUAGCUUCAAACAGAAAAACUCCUCUGCCACCAAGAGGCACUCAUGGUUACUCUGGACAGAUCUUGUUUACCUGUCUGGUGAGAUACUAUCCAUCAAUGUUGCAUUAGCUUCAGUAUUAGCUUUCGGCUGUUCUGCUUUACAAGUUCGUUUCAGCUAGGUCAAAGAGCAACAGGGGUUACUGCGUUUGAGGGGUCCCAUUUCAGUACUUUGAACAAUGAGGUGCAGGUAUUAUUUUUAAUACUAAAUUUGUAAACAGCUUUAGUCUUUAUACAAAAACUGACAAUUGCAGUAUGUUCAAAUAGCUCAAAGGUACACUGUGUAACAUUUCUAGCAGAGUGUCCACCACCUGCUUGUCUCUAUAGAAAUGUUAUUGCUUUGUCUAGAAUGUUCCACAGUAUAGCUUAAUCCCAUCUAUUGUGAGGAAGACGAGCAGGUUACACCACUACGUUACAUUACAUUUCAGAUCUAUGGAAAGGUGCCCUUAUUCACAGAAGGAAUUAUUGUAUUUCUGAGCACUAGAAACAACCAUAAUGGAUAAAUAUUAGAUGAAUAUGUUUAAUGUCAUACCAUGGAACAUUUCAGGCAACGCAAUAACAGCAGAAAAGUUGCACAGUGCACCUUUAACUCCAGAGCCAUAUUUUUUGUCAUAGAUACAUUCACAUAGAUUCAUACCUGCAUACAUAGGUCAGUUGAAUGUUAUUAUUAUCUGUUCUGUUACCUUUUCAAACUCAGGCAAAGGUGCACAGUGAUUUGAUGAAUUUCAGCAGCCACAAUAUGUCUUAUUAAAUAUAUACAAUAAUAAUCAUACCAAACAGCCAUCCAAAUGUAAGCACCACUCUUCAGUAUUCAGAAGUACUUUCUUACUGCAGUUUACUCUGGCUUCUUGUGUAUUGAUUGCUUUAUUGGUACUAAGAACAAAUUUCAACUGGGACUUUCUGUUCAUUUUGUUCACUUGUCUUAAGCUCAAGUCUGUGCUCUGCGUGCGUGUGAUACUACCUAAUAUAUUUCAGGACCUGUAGUAACUUAAAAACCCUGCAGUUUUCUUGGUACCUGUCAUAGUGGUGUGAACACAGAUCACUUAUGUAAAGGUAUUUGGGUUUUGCUAUAUUAAUUGUGGCAUCUAGAGUGUCCUUAAAUCAGUGUUGUUCUCUCAACUGUUCUUAUGGUCAUUGUAUGUUUUUGUAAAAUAUAAAAAAAACCCAAAAGAAACAAAAAAUAUUUAUUUAAGUGUGUUUUAAAAAGCAUAAAUAUUAUAAUAAAUUAAAUAGACAUUGCUUUUAUUUUGAAAAGCUAUUGUGUUUUUCUAUCUGACAAAUAAUCAAAUAACAAGAGUAUGUUUCCCAGACUAAAUAAAAUGAUUUUUCCGCACCA